AUGGGAGAUUUGGAUUGUGAUUGUGGAGAUUGUGGAGAUCUAGGUGGAAUUUGUAAUGAUUGUGGAGAUUGUGGAGAAUGCACAAAUAUGUAUGGAGACUGUAAAAAUUGCUGUUAAGAUUGCUGUGAUUGUAAUAAUUUAGAUUGUGAUUGUUGUGAGAAUUAAUUUUGUAGAGAUGGUUGUUAAAGGUGCUUUUCAAAUCCAGUAGCUAAUCAUUCAAGAUUAAGAAGAUUUGUAUCAUCAUUAAUUAUUUUUGUGUUGCUAGUUGUAUAAUGGGUAACAUCUGUUUCUAAAAUAUAAGAAUACUAAAAUAAUAAAGUUCAGAUUACAAAUAUUUAAGAAAUGCUUAAAAUAGGUCCAAUCAAUGAUUUAAGUUUAUUAACAUAAUGUCCAUCAAAUACUAUUGUAAUAACGAAUUAUACGAUUCCUUCAACUGUGGCAGGAUGUUAUUGUCCAAAUUAAAAUGACAAAUUAUCCGUUGAAAUUUGUAAUACAACAUAAACUGAUUGUACAAUUUUAAGUGCCUCUAAUGAAAUUUAAACUAGUAAUUGGGGAUAUAAUGAGUCAAUGAAAAGGUUUUAAUUAUGUGCCUAAAGAACUAGUACUAACUUUGAGAAACUUAGAUAAUUAAAAAUCAAGCUACCUGAGGAUUGUAAAACUAAUAAUUUAAAGUUAUGUCAAGAUAUGAAUAACGAAUUAAACUUUUUUUGUGUUGAAAAAACAGAGAAAUGUCCAAUAAAGGAUGUUUAAAGAAACAAUUAGAUUCUAAAAAAUUAUGAAAAAAUAGAUUAAGCAUAAAUAAUUGAUGAUCAAUAUGUAAUUAUUACAAGAAACUCUUCAAAUAACUAUAUAAUCAAUUUUAAUAUUACAAGAGGAUAAGGAAUUUGUGAAGAUAGAAAGAAAUUAUCACAAGGAGUAGGUGAAGAUUAUAUAAUGAAUACUCAAAUAUGGGAACCUUGUAAUCUUGAUCUAUCUUUUAAUUAACUAUUUAAAUUAAAAUUUGAAGACUUUUUAGAAUUUAAUGAUUUAACAGAUAAAUUCUAAAAGACAAGACCUCUUUAUAAUUACUCAUAAAAUAUUUAAUUAGUAUUUCAAACUUCUCUACCAACAUUGAACAUAAUUAAUUUUUGCUCUCUUUUUGAUGAUAUUGAAUUUGCUAUAAAUUUGUUAUCAUUAUUUAUUUUGAUUAGUAUGUCAUAUUGGAUAUAUAUGAUUGUAAUUAUAAUAAAUGAAAUAUGCAGAUGUAUAUUUAAUGCAGCAGAAAGUUGUGGUUAAAAAUGCAAAUAACAUGUUACUGCCUUUCUAUUUUAUUAUGUUCGAUUUGCAAUUUAAAUACCCUUAAUAGUACUUUCAUUACUUGGAUUUUUAGUUGUUAUUUAAACUGAUCGUACAAUUAAAACUAUUUCAAUUGAAAAUAUUAAUGAUCAAAUAUCAGAAUAAAUCUUAACUUUUAGUUCAACUAUUUCAUAAAGUAUUUUAAACUAAUAUAAGUUAUUGUAAGGAUUAGUUUUUGCAUAAUUUCUCUUGGAUAUUAUUAUAAGUAUUUGGGCAUAUUAUGAAGAACAUAAAAAGAAAAAAAAGAAAUAAUAUUAACUUUAUAAUCUUAGUCAAAUAGUUUCACCUUAAUACCUUCAACAAACCAAUUAGAAACCAGUUGAGGUUACAAAUGAUAAUGGUAAUGCAGUUAAAAAAAUUUAUCGAAAUAUUUAUUGA